AUGUCAGCAAAUACAGGUCCAGGAUCAGGAUCAGCAUCUGGCUCUGCGUCUGACUCCCCCUUCGGCUCCACACCGCGCUACUAUGCGGGAUACUUCGGUCAACCCGGGGAUGCCCCAUACCAGCUUCCACCCCCGCGGUUACCGGCCGCUUCACAAUUUGGAUCCGAUCCUUUCCCGCGGCAACAGGACAAUCCCCAAGGCAGAGACAAUGGAUCACAUCUUCAGAAGCCGGAGCAACUUCCCUCCGUGAGCCAAAUCCUAAUUCCAAACCCGGGCCCCAUAUCACCACAAUACCAUCAACCAUUUGCAAGCGCCACACCCAGCGAUGGGCGCCGGGAAGCUGCAUACCCAUCCCGCCAUCACGACCCGGCGUUUCAGCAUUCGCCAAACCCGAUACAUGAUAGAGGCCGCUCUGAAUCUCUUCCGCAACCGCAUGUCAUAGGCCUACCCCCAUUAUCACAAGUGGGAUUACAUGGCCACGGGAGUAUAAGGAACCACACACCCACAAGAAGUGAUCCCCCGGUUACUUCUUUCUCACACGGCCAGCUACCUUUUCAUCCUACAUCCUCACAUGACCAAGGGCGCGGCGGGGAACUAUCCUCACCGGAGAGUUCAACCCGGUCACACAACCAGCCAAUUCGGCCUCACGUGGUAGAUGAGCGAGUUAUCGACGGAGAACUAUGCUUUGUAUACGCUGACGGGUCGUUUUGUCCGAAAUUCAUUGACGGUACACCUGUGAACGCCAACUGGGGAGUCACAAAGGCCGGCCGGCCGAGAAAACGACUUGGGCUUGCAUGUUUGACAUGUCGCGAGAAGAAGAUCAAGUGUAGUCCCAAUCCCACCGCCGAGGGGAUAUGUGAUCAAUGUCGGAAAUCUGGACGGGAAUGCAGGUUCGAAAGUGCCCCGCGGGGGAACCGUGCUUCGAUGAAAGGGUCAGCAGGACCCUCUAGCAGAACCGACCCAUAUACCCCGACUAGCCACAGUGCUUCGGAGGCUUCUUCCUCGUUUUACAGCAUCGCUCGAGCCUCCGGCAGUGCGACCUCCCUACCAGGAACUCGAGGCCAGUCACCAAUGUCAGAGCCCUCGAUGCUCACGCCAUCAGGCCAAGAUGCCACACAUGAAACCAUGGCUGAAGCAGACAGACGUAUACGAUCCAGAUCCUACAGAAUUCCGCCGCCCUUCGGCGCAGAUGACACCUUCGGCCGACCGUCGCAACAUAUCGACAGUAUUCGUUCGCCCGAAUACAGUGAGAUUCUGGGGGAAUUGCAGAACAGCCACUCGGACGAUCCACUCAUGGCCUCCUGGUAUCUGGACCCGUACGAAAGCGACCCUGAGACGGCGAUGCAUUACCUUGAGUGUUACUUCUUGCACGUGAAUGAUGGCCUGUACCACAUGUUCCCGCAUCGUCGGUUCACCUUGUGGCUGAAGACGUACCCCACCAAAUCGGCAGAGGACAAGAUGCUACUGUACUCGAUGAUGGCCCUUGGGUCUGUUUUCUCGGACAGGCCGGAUAAACUGGCAGCUAUGAGGCAUUACUCGCGCAUAGCACGCUUCGCUAUCAACAAAAGCCAGUAUACUCUCUCUUUGCAACUUGCGCAAAGCCAUAUCAUCUUGGGUCUUUGGUAUUAUGCUACAGGGUCGCAGGUCGGGUGUUGGGAUUCGAUAGGCGCAGCGGGAAGAGCAGUUCUUGGGCUCCGUUACAAUGUGGAGUCCGGGGGUGUCGUUGUCGAUCAGAGUCAGAUGUGCGAAUACGGGUUACAUCCACAGGCCUUAAUCGAGUGCCGGCGAAGAACUUUUUGGAUUACCUUUGUGCUUGAUCGCUUCUCAAGCCUCUAUUCCGCUUCAUCGACCUUCAUGUCGUCAGACACGGCUCUACUCAGGCUUCCAUGCCGUGAAGAAAUCUACGAAUCUCAACAAUAUACGACGGUCCCCUAUUUUCAAGCCUUCCUCAAUCACACCCCAUCCUCCACAGACCACGACCGGUCCAGUCUAAGCUCGAUGGCCUUUCUAAUCGAGAUUCUGGCAAUCUAUGGAGAUAUCUCCCUGCACAUAACCCGUCUACCACACAUCCCGUCAGAAGCAUACAACCGCCUCACCGAAGAAUUCCAAACAACCAUCGUUCAAAAAACUACCCAAUGGAGCACCCAACUCCCUGAUUACCUAUCGUUCUCAUCGGAAACCCUAGAACAAAGCAUCCGCCAAAGAAAAGCAGACACUUUCAUCUCCACCCAUCUCAUCUACCACGCCAGCUUGAUGAAACUAUACAGGCACGCCCGCUACCAAACCCUCCGCCAAGACCUCCUAUCCCAAUUCAUCCACCGAGCCCGCUACCACGCCGUCGAAAUCCUGCGCAUAUCCCUAACCUUCACCCAAUACAUCAAGGACCUCGUUCCACCCCGACACACCGCAGAACAACCAUCCCAACCGACCCCCCUAAAUCCCUUCCUCGGCUACAUCAUCCUAUCAGCCGUCGACGUCCUCUGCUCAGCCGGUCUGGCCUCGCAAUUACAAGAGUACAUCGCCUACAUCCGCGGAGCGCUAGAUACCGUCGCCGAAUUGGGUCGGUAUUGGGACAGCUCGUUGCAGCUCGUUGCAGCCCUUCAUAGACGGCUGGGACUGAUGAUCACUUGUCUUAAUGAGCGUGGUCUCUUUGCGGAGAAACAGGGGUUCGCGCUUGACGGACCGCCGCUAGAGACGAAGGUCCAUGCUGGUGCGGUGAAUUCGCAUUCGCGUUCGCAUUCGUAUGCGGGGCUUGAGGAGGAUCUUUUCACCGGGUCGAUGCCUAGGGUGGUGCUUUUGAAUGCGCUACGCGUUGAUGAGACGCUUCUUUCGGAGAGUGGAAUUGUUUGGAUUAGGGAUCCUUAG